AUGAAUCUCAUCGACUGGGAACGAGGCACUCUCAUUCCCAUGAAAGGUAGCGACCCAUCCUGGGGUACUCCACCAAACGCAUACGAACUGCUUAAAGUCGAGAUUGAGUUCUUCAUCCAGCGAUACUUCGACAAACAUGGGUACUUGCCAGACAAUGACGCGAUGCAGCUAGAAGCAUGUCGCAUCAUUUUCGCAGCCGAGACCACUUCCGUCAUGCACGGACCAGACACAAACCAUCUCCACGAGGUUUCGUGGCUACGAGACCUGAUGAUGUCAUCACAUGAGCUGACUGAACACGCAAGAUUCCAGCCCGUUAGAUCUUCCCGCGAGAGCAGACAUUUUCCGCUACGGAUCAAUGCCAAGGAUCAUCUCUUCGAACAAUGCCCUUUAGAGGCGCAGCUUCGUGGGUUUGUAACUCAGCGCAUAACGGCUGGCGAGACGCUUGACGAUGCGCAACUGCAUCACGAGGCAUGUCAGAUUGUUCGGCGCAUGGAGCAAGAAUCUAGUACUCCAUCCGACGUUUUCGCAAAUUGGAUCGUCAAAGGCAUCUACUCGGGCACGAACUGGAUAUCGCUCUUUAAACAACGCGCAGGUAUCUCUGAUGUUGUAUCCACCGACAUUCCGGCAGAUCAUGGCUUGGGCGAAUUACUAGACCUCUCGUGGCCAGCCUCGCCUCCCAAAGAAGCAUCCACUUCCGCUCUCGGGACCGCAAGUCCGUCCAAGCAAACCCACGACUACUUCACUACGCUUCCCACUUUCUCUGAAGAGCCCAUACUCUCGCCUGAAUCUACCGCGCAGACCGACAUGUACGGUCGUCUGCGAUCGCUGCUACCCGACGACACCAACUUCUACAGGAUAUUUGACAGCGACAUGCGGAGAUGGGCCGCGUCAACGCUCUCACCGAAGAACCCGAAUUGUCACGUCCCUUCCGAUGAAGAGAUACAGCAUCAAGCGCGAUGGAUAAUGUAUGAUGGCGACGACCCGUGGAACCAGACACCUGCGGACUUUCCGAACUGGUUGUCACGGUUCAAGAGGGAGGUUGGGAUUGUGGCGAAUGACGAGGGAUCGAUUUUUGGAGUGUCAUCAGCAACCCAGACCGAACCUGCUUCAUCAGGCCAACCUAAGAACUCCCACGAUGAGUCGCCAGGCCCGUUCCGCCUAUUUGCACUGCCAGGGGAGCUCCGCAACAUUGUCUAUGCUCACGUUCUCGAAACGGAUGAGGCUAUCCUCAUGGCACCAUAUUUCAAGGAUGGAGCUUUACACCAGCGUCUGAUCCUGGAUGACCCGGCGACAAAGUUGCGGACGGAUCUGAACCAAAUGAAAUUCGUCUGUAAACAACUCUACGAGGAGACAUCAGCUCUACCACCGACCCGCUGUCCGGAACUGAUAUUCCCUCUCCGCAAAGACACCCCCGAAUCCGCUUCUAGCAUAUGUGCAGGAUACAUGGCUAGCUCCAGACCCGAGCAGCUCAACAAGAUUCACCGCAUCCACGUCCACGAGCGCGUUGCAUACAGACAGGGUCCGUUCUCAACGGACAUCUUCGACCCUUGCAUGGACCAGCUUGUCACAUUCGCCACCCAACACCCCAACACCUCGAUCCAAGCAUUCCUCCAUGCUAUCGACCCAAAGCUAUCCAACGACACAUCCAAAUUCCCCAUCACAGGCUUCUCCUACGAAAUCGCUCGCAAACAGGGUUCUGGAUGA